AUGGCCGCCACAAAAGAGCCCACUGAUGAUAUCCCACGAAGUCCCCAAACGGACGACGAGGUAGCCAUUGGCACCAUUAUGGAGCGUACCUGGGGUCUCAAUGCUCGGGUCGACCCUACUGUCACCUUUGAGGAAUAUACAUACUGGGCUUUUAUGGAGCGUCUGGAUGAAGAGAAGAGAAAUCGUACAUACAAAGACAAAAUUGGCCCGCUGACUCUAGGCAAGGUCAUAAAGGGGCGUUUUUCACAUGGGAUUCACCACGAGGAGAGAAAAGAGCGAGAGACAGCCACGAAACCUGACACUUUGGCAGGUGGUAACGACGAAGGAAAUGCAGACAGGACAGGUACAGGUAUCCUCCGGGGUGAUGUUCCCGCUGUGUUUGAGGAAGACUGGAAGACCGCGGCCAGGGCAUUGAAAACAACAAGCUGGGGGACCAUAUUUUUUUUGAUCACUACCGAUAUUCUUGGUUGGGCCAGUUGUCCAUACGCAUUUUCCACAGUUGGCUAUGGCCCAGGUGUGGCUCUUUAUUUCAUCUUCUCCAUUGCCGCUGCAGCGAGUGGUUACAUCUUGUGGCGUGUUUACUUAAGUCUGGACUCAGUGCGAUAUCCGAUCCUUAGUUAUGGGGACGUUUUCUUUCGCAUCUUUGGCACUAAGUCACGCCAUUUCAUCAACGUGACACAGGCGUGCCAGCAGUUUUUGACCGUGGCGGUUCUGAUUCUUCAAAGUGGUCAGAUCAUCGGCCAACUUUCGGGAGGAAUUAUUUGUUAUUUUGCCUGUUUCGCCAUUUUUGCAGCUGUUGGUAUUGUUGGAGGAAUGAUGCGUGGAUUGCAACAUGUUGGAUGGCUAGCGAAUGGGGCCGUUUGGAUGAACAUCACCAGUUUCAUCAUUGUCAUGGUAGCAGCGGCCCAUUUCCCAGUCAAUUAUCAAGCUACGACACUCAGUACCCGCAUUCAUAAUAUUGGGCCUAUCAGGACUUUUGCUAGCCCGCCACCUGCAGAAUACCAGCCGGCAGCAGUCGGAUUUUCUGGACAGCUCAAUGGUAUUAACCAGAUGGUUUACAGCUGGGGCGGUGCUUUGCUCUUUAUAGCCUUUUUGGCUGAGAUGCGACAUCCAAUGGACUUCUGGAAAGGAUUGCUAUGCGCACAACUUUUCAUCUGUUUUGUCUACAUUUUCUUCGGUGUUUUUGUCUAUUCUUUCUAUGGUCAGUAUUCUGCCCAAGUUAUAACUACCGCAGUGCAACCCUUCGCCUUACAGACUGUUGGAAAUGUAUUCACUCUUGUGACUACUGCUAUCUCGUCCACUAUGUACUUCAACGUAGGUAUGAAAACUGUGUAUAUGGAGGUUUUUCAAGAAGUAUUCAAUUUCCCGACUAUCACCACCCGAAGAGGCCGCUGGAUGUGGUAUAUUCUGGGUCCCAUAUACUGGAUUCUUGCCUUGGUUGUUGCGGCUUCCGUUCCCAAUCUGAAUGGUAUUUCAGGGCUCGUCAGCGCCCUCUUGAUUCUCAAUUUCACCUUCACCUUCCCCGCCAUUCUAUACGUUGGCUACAACUGCCAACUUGGAGCACGGCUUCUCGGGGAAGGGUUCGACGCCAGGACCAGGGUGACCACUAGGUAUGACAGAGGCUGGAAACGGUGGGCUCGUGGAUACAUGAAAAACUGGCAGCUCAAUAUCCCUAGCACUUUUUACUUUUUGGGAGGCCUUGCUCUUUCUGGAAUGGGUUGCUGGGCAGCAAUAGAGUCUUUGAUCGUCUUCUUCAGCGGCACAUCUUCUAUUGCGACAUCUUGGGGAUGCGCUGUGCCG